AUGGUAGUGUUUGGACUUAUCCUGUUUACUCUGUUACAAGGAGUGAUGUCCUCCUCGAUCAAAGUUCCAACAUUAAAGAUGUUGGACGGCAGGGAGAUGCCUGCGCUCGCACUUGGCACCUAUUUGGGUUUUGAUAAGGAUGGAGUUGUCCAGCCUAAAAACAAAGAAAUUCGAGAUAUUGCCCUCCAAGCUAUAGACAUAGGGUAUCGCCAUUUUGACACAGCAUCCGUCUACGGAACAGAGGCAGAUAUAGGAGAGGCCAUCAGAAUGAAGAUUGCUGAAGGAGUUAUUAAAAGAGAACACGUUUUUGUGACUACCAAGUUAUGGAACACGGCGCAUAAACCAGACCAAGUCCUCCCUGCUUUCAUGGACUCAUUAAACAAGACUGGACUGGAUUAUAUUGAUUUGUACCUUAUGCAUUGGCCAAUAGGGUUGAAUGAAGACAACUCCAUAUCUGAUGUAGACUACAUGGAGACGUGGCGAGCUAUGGAAAAGAUUCAGAAGUCUGGUCUGGCGAAGUCCAUAGGUGUAGCGAAUUUCAACAAGGAACAGUUAAGAAGAGUGAUCUCUGAAGGAAGUGUGAAGCCGGUAGCUCUGCAGAUUGAGGUCCAUCUUCAAAUGAUCCAAACAGAGUUGUUGGAGCUAUGUAAGUCAGAAGGCAUCAUUGUUCAGGGUUACAGCCCGUUCGGGUCUCUUGUCAUGAGGUUCGGAUUCCAGUACCCUGGGCCCAAAUUUGAUGACCCAACUCUCGUGUCAAUAGCUCAAAAAUAUGGCAAGACCACGGCACAAGUUGUCUUACGGUGGGCGGUCGACAGAAACGUUGUCCCGCUACCAAAGACUGUAAGCCCUAAGCGGCUGGCUGAAAACCUCAACAUCUUCGACUUCAAACUGGAGCCAAAAGAAAUAGAAGAGAUAAAUAAGUUCAAUUCCAACACCAGAUACACACUCCCAUCAUUCUGGCAGGAGAAUACUUACUACCCUUUUGAGAGGGUGGAAAAUCCUAUUUCUGAUCCAUUUAAGUCUUAG